UUGAUCUGCCAAGUUAACAUUAGGCUGUCAUUAUUUCCGACUGAAUCUCAUCAGCAAGAUGAAACGUCACGAAUGCAAGCUCUUGCAGCCAGCGAGAGUGAGCAUUCUCAACGAAGUCAUCGAUACCGGCAUGUUCAUCAACCUGCGCCGUUUCAUUUGCCGACUGCGCAUAAUCAGUCCAAGCCAUCCCAUGACUUCGGUCUACUACAACUCCCAUAGGGCCAAGCUCGAGGAAGAGGUGAGACAGCUGGUAUUUCACCGAUGGCUGAUCCAUCCCUAUAGCCUCCUCGCCAUGUAUUGGGAGUUCUUCGUCUUCCUCGUGUACUCUAUCCUGCUCAUCAAUCUGUCCAUUAUGGCGACCAUCAACGUGUACAACAGACAGCCAACGCCCAUCGUAGUGGUCAAGAUGACGAUGGACUACGUGAUGACCAUCGAUAUCGUCAAGACGUUCUUCACUGGGUAUUAUGAUACGGCGAAGAGCAAGACCAUCAUGGAUUCGAGGUUGAUCGCAAAGAAGUACCUUAGGAGUUAUUUCUUUCUGGAUUUGGCGUGUUGCUUGCACUCGUACCUGAUACCAUUCAGGAUGUUUUCCAAGAAUACAAACUUCCUCGACAAAACAUUCAUCCUCUCGGUGGCUUUGAGAACGUUGUCGUCCUUGAGAAUCAUCCGGAUAAGGAGAGGGCUCGACACCUUGCAAGUUUUCGAAAUGUAUGCCAACUUGUCCAGCGCCCUUAACCGAGCUUUCAGAAACAUCUUGACCUUCGUAAUCCUCCUACUGUGGUUGUUCGGCAUGAUAUUCCAGAUUGGCAUAUUCAUCGGGACCCAUUUCAUUCCAGAAGAAGAAAGAGAUAUUGGAGAUACAGUGCCUAAGGUCAUCUACUCCACAACUCUGAUGUUGCUACAUGCCAGCUUCGGUGAUAGGAACUUGAACAACCCUGUCAAGAUCAUAUUCUCGCUGGUCGUCAUGGCAGUGGGGUACUGCUUGCAGAUCUUCCUCUACACGCUGGUGUUGCAAGUGUGGAUCAGGUACUCCAACGCCAAGAUAAAGAACGAGAACCUCUACCAGCAGUUCACCGAGUACCUCAACUACAAGAGGCUGCCGAUGAGCCUGCGCAAGAAGUUCUUCUCCUUCUACCACUUCAAGUUCGAGAACCAGUUCUACAACGAGGCUCACAUCAACAGGAUGAUCUCGACUAUAUUGCGGCGGGAGAUCAUGGUGCACGUGACCAAGAACCACGUGCAGCGAGUGGAGUUCUUCCAGAACUUGCCCGACGUGGUGCUUAGUAGGAUAGUCUCGAGGCUCAAGUCGGAGAUCUACCUGACUAAUGACGUUAUCAUCAAUGCUGGCGUGACAGGUACCUGCAUGUUCUUCAUCUACUUUGGGACGGUGACGAUCUACACUCCCUCUGGUAGAGAGAUUUGCCACUUGGAAGAUGGUGCUCACUUCGGGGAGAUAGCGCUGAUCUUUAACGAACCUAGGGUAGCCACAGUGGUUGCGGUCACACCUUGCGAGUUGUUUGUGCUGAACAGGUCGGACUUUUUGGAUGUGCUGAGACCGUUUCCGGAGCUCAUAGAGAACAUUACCAAGUUGGCGGAGGAGAGACUUAGAACGACUGUGUUUCAGUGAUGAUUGUUAUGCCGGGUGUUUCUCAAAAGUGGCACAUCCCUAUAACUUUUUAGUUUAUACAGAUAAACGAAUGAAAUUCGGUGAAUGAGUUUAUUUAAAAAUAUGUAUUAUUUGAAGUAUUCAAUUGUUUUCGGUAACUUCCGGUUCGACCGGAAAUGACCCAUAUCAUCUUAUUUUAAAUGGGAUACCCGGUAUAUUUUUACUUAUUUCCAUUUGCCACUUUUUGACAUUUAUUCAUUUUUCAAUUUUCAAUCUAGAGUGCUCUGGAUGAGUUAAAACAGUUGAUUUUGAAUCAUGUUGCAUAGGAAAAAUUGUUUCGAUGUAGUUUUACUUCUCAUUUGUUUCACAAAUUCAUUCAGAAUUUACAAUAUCGUAAUUAUGAUGUUAACUCAAUAUUUUCAAAUGGAAAAGGGUAUUUUGUUACGAGCACGAUAAUACUACACAAUCGAUAUUCCAAAUCAAUAUCUAGUACCAUAAUCACUCUAGAUUGAAAAUUGAAAAAUGAAAAUUUCAGGAUGAUAAAUUUCAAAAAGUGGCAAAUAGAGUGUCAUUGUACUCGCAAUGUUAUUCUCUAUCGGAAUAUGUGAAAAUAUACGGGGUGUCCCAUUUAGAAUAAGAAAAUUUUGGUAAUUUCUGGUCAAAACGGAAGUGAUAGAAAACAAUUGAAUACGUCAAAUAAUGUCUAUUAAUGUACUAUACUUACACACCGAAUUCCAUUCGUUCAUUUAUAGAAACAAAAAAGUUAUAGUUGUGGGCCACUUUUGAGAAAUAUCCACUGUUGCUUUCAAUACAUUUUUCUUGUAAAUUCAUGAGCUACUACAAAAUGUUGCGAAGUUUAGCACUUGUAUUGAUUUUAAAAAUUAAGGAUUAAUAAAAAAAAUUUAUUCAACCUUCGACACCUUGUACCCUAAAAACGAAGCAAGUUAGGAGACAUAUUCAUAAUAUGCACUUGUAUGCACAAAAGUUCGUACAAAC